GCAGUCCAUUAGGCCCAAAUGGAAAAACUAACACCAGCAUUAGCCAUAUCUUCUCAUAGCAGCAAAAUCGCGCGUUCGUCAACAGUCAUGCUGCACUCUGCGAGCCCGUGAGCCGCCACCGGCUACUGUGCGCAGCGCGAUGCCCUGCCGUCCGCCUCACCUGCGCGCCUUCAACCCCGUUUUCUGUCUUUCCGACGACUCACUACUCAGAUAGAACUUGUCAAACUCCACUGGAUUGAAUGGAAUGGACAUAGUUUACUUCUUAAAGAGUAGUACUGAAAUGCUGGAUUGAUGGUGUAAAAAAGGAUAAUCGCUAUUGAUCGCCACUUAAGACCACCAUUUUUUACAGCUAGGUGUAAUGUGUAUUUUUCGACCUCAGCUUCCUCAACUGGGUUUGUACCCAAAAUAUGAAUUUCCCAAAAUUCACACCAAACACUUCAGCAUUUCUCCAGCUUCUUCUGUAAAAGUAGUUUGUGGAUUGAGAAAUAGGCCGAGAAAGCCUUUGUGGAGGUCACGGGUUUUGUCAACGGAGGCAAUUCAAGCAGUCCAUUCCAUAAAAUUAGCAGCAGCAACACCUAAUAAGUUGGAACAAAUUUUCAAGGACCAAGUCAGCAGGCUAUUGAAACGUGAUUUAUUGGAUGCCUUGACCGAGCUGCAGAGGCAAAAUGAAGUGGAUUUAGCUGUCAAGGUUUUCAAUCAUGCGAGGAAAGAAGUUUGGUAUGUACCAGAUCUUUCCAUGUACAAUGACAUGUUGUUGUUGUUGGGAAAGAACAAACUGAUUGAAAUGGUUGAAUUGUUGUUUCACGAACUGAAGAAAGAGGGCUUAAAACCUAACACCCGAACGUAUACUGAGGUAAUGGGAGCGUACUUUAAGGUGGGUAUGGUUGAAAAAGGAAUAGAGACGUAUGAAUUGUUGAAGGAAUCAGGUUGUGUACCAGAUAAGCUGGCCUUGCAAAUCAUGUUAAGGAACCUUAAAGACACGAAACUUGAAGAAAGACUGAAGAGAGAAUGUGAAGAAUACCUCGAUUUCCCUCAGAAGUUUCUCGAAGAAUCUCAACGAAAAUAUCCAAAGCGUAUGUCCCUUCCUAUCAUAUGAACACUUCUACCCCAAUACCCCUAUCGUGUAUUGGGGUUGCGACGGAGUACCAUAAUGGCAUUUUUGGCUGGGCUUGAAGGUCAGAGCUUUGAGCCAUAGCAGGUGAUAGAGCAUGUAAAGGUUUAAAACCAUCAGAACUAAUCAGAAUAAACCGACCAGGGUGGGCACAAUACUCAAGAAGUCUUGAAUACAAUUUAUACUAUCGUGGAUGGUUCUGAUUUUAGUAUGUAAUGUACAACCUUUGUUACUAAAAUUUUAAGAAAUUAUUAUUGUAGUCUAUCAUUUGGUAGAAUAAAGGUGUUUUUAAUUGGACUGAAUUUUUUUUGGUUUAGUUCGGUCUGUUUAAGUGUGAUCUAGUUUUAUUUGAACUAGUCUGGUUCGGUAAAAGUAUGGUUUGUAUGUAUUUUGUAACUGUCAAAGUCUGGUAUGGGACUUUGGUCUGUUCAAAUUUGGUAUGGUCUAUUUAACUAGGGUCUGUUCUAGUUUGAUUAGUUUGGAAUUAGUUUUUCCAUAAUUUAGUUGCUUCAUUCAAAACAUCAUCAAUUUCACCAAACUCAUCUAAUUCAGUCAAUUUCAAU